CGCAUCCUUUCCAUGCUCUUCCGUCAUUGUGCAUAUUUAUAAUAAAUUCUAUACUUCCUGUGUUGACCACGUGCAUUUGUUUUGAAACUUGUAAUUUGAAUCCUUUUUGAGAUGGGAAAGAUUUCAGCCAAGGAUAAGAAGAAUAGAAUAAAGAAUAAGAAGCAAAAGCCUAAAACAAAAGCCAAACAGGCAAGAUUUGUGGACGUACAAGAUGCUGAACUACUUUCUAAAGACCAACUUAAAAAAAUAAAGCAAAACAGAACAUGCGCCACAAGAGUAUCAGGUAAACGAAAGCAUAAAUUGCUGAAGAGAAUCAGACACCAACAGAAAGAAAAGAUCAGAAUGGACAUUGAAACAGACAUCCCUCAAAAGAAGCAAACUUCAAAAAAGGACCAGUCAAACAACAAAAUGGAAACAGAUUCUUGAUGUUUGAUAGACAAACAGACAGUAACCAUGGGAACAAGGAUUGUCAAUGUGAUAUAUGGACGAAAGUGGAUAGUGUACCUGUAUUUCUUAAAGAAAUAAUAAAAAAUUAUCACAAUAAAAAAUAUUUUCUAUAAUCUGCAA